UGUAACAGGGAUGAAAAGAAAGGCAGACAUAGGUGUUAAUACAAUGUCAACAAAUAUAGUCUUUGUUUAAAUGCCAUCUAUAUUUCUUGCUUUUGGUUGUCCCGAGACUGUUAAUAAGGCUGCAAUGUUGUGCAGAGGUGUAUAUUACACCAAUUUUAGAGACGAAUGAUGGGCUGGGGGAGGGGAGCGAUAAUUAGCCCUUCUCUCAAUUUAUAUAUUUUAUUAUUUACCGGACACCCGAAAAGCCAAUCGUUAUUUUACACGUUUUGGACUCUCCGACUGUCCGUACCAGCCUAGGAGCGAGUAACCAGGAAGUGGAACUACAAUCUAACGGCGGUAAGCACGGAUGACUCCGGUACAUGGCUUUGCCGACCCUCUCCACAUAUGUGCCCUAUCGGCAAAGGGCGCUUGGCAUACAGCUGGCCUGGAAGAGGGAGCAGCAAUGUCGGAGGCGGGAGCAGUUGGCCCUCAAUGCUAAGUAUUUUAGGGACCAGAGUGUCCGCACCCAUUUCCACACCGAGUGGACCUCCCGGCACUCGUUCGAGCAGAGCAUGGCCGCAUAUUGUAGACAGAAGCUGGAGGAUGACAAAGCAAACAGUCUGGAAAACCGCAGGAUGCGACUCAAGCACAUGCUUGAGGAGGAGCAAAAGCAACUGGACAAAGAGCUGGAUCUUUUGCUACCUCACAGGGGUGUAAUGGUGAAAAAAGCAGAUGCGCAGCAUUUAAGAGACGAGAGAAGAAAAAAGCUAGCACAGGAACUGCUCAAGGAGCACCGUAAAAGAUACAACCCUGAAUUGCAACAGGCUGAAACGGCCUCACAGCAACAUCACAUUGUCAACCCAUUGCAACUACUAAUAUCUGAAAAGAAACAGCAAGAAGUGGAGGCGCAGGAGAUGUGUCGCUUUCAGAACGAAUGUGAGAUGACCCGAAGAAAAGACCUUGAGAAGAUCAAACGGGCUGAGCAAAAUGGUAACCUUGAAGAGCAUGAGAAAGCACAGAAACUUCACCAAAAAAUGGAAGAACUGAGACUGAUGGAAGAAGAGGCAACUCAUUUAAAGAAGGAAGAAGAAGCUUUUCAGGUCAAGUUAUGGGAGGUGGACAAGAUGGAGGUCGAGAGGAGAAAAUUUGAGGAAAGGCGCAAGAAAGCUGAAAUGCGGCAUUUCCUGGUCCGACAAUAUAGAGCUCAGCUUAGGAGGCGAGCCCAGCUGGUGCAGGAAGAGCUGGAGUCUGACCAUAAAAUCCUGGCAGCCUUUCUUAAAGGAGAGCAAGAGAAGGUUAGCAAGGAGGGGGCGCGAAGAGAAAGGGCCUUUGCUGAUGCCGCCUGGAUGAAUCGUGUGAUUGAAGAGCAGCUUGAGCUGGAGAGAGAGCGGGCGGCCGAGUUGGACUUCAUACACAGGGACGAAGCGCAGCGCUUAUGGGAGAAACGAGAAGCAACAUGGGAACGAGAGAGAAAAGCCAGACAACUACUCAUGCAUGAGGUGCUUGUGGGAAGACGGCAGCAGCUGGAGCUGAAAAUGCGGAAAAAUCGCGAGGCGCAAUUAGAGUCCCUGAGGAGGCGAGAAGAACUGAUCCAGGAGCUUGAGCUGGAGAAGGAGCUCAGACGCCAAGAGAGGGAAGAAGAGCAGCGCCGUAAAAAAGAGCAGGAGGAGGAGGAGCAGCUCCAAGAACAGUGGGAGGAGCAGUGCAGGAUAGACGAUCUUCAAGAGGAGCUGGAUGCUCACUUCAUCCAUGAGGGGGCGAUAAAGCAGGGGAUAAUCAAUAACGCAUACCCGUCAAAGGUAUACAGUAAACCUCGAGUAGUGUGGACAUGAGCAACAUCAAAACAUUAUUUAUUCUUUUUUAAAAUCAUGGUCAUUGCCUGUGUGCCAUCUUUGUCACGUCAAACGUGUUCAAGAGUAUAUUUUAUAUUCAACGUGUAGAAUGAAUUUCAAUAAAUACAUUCUUCCAUAAAUUCAAUGUUGUCUAUGAAACAAACUCUUUCGAAGGUGCAUUUUAAAUAAAUUAAGUUUAUUUAAAAAAUAUUUUUUUCAAAAUGCAACUCAAACAGCUGCUUCAUAUACAGUACAGUAAUUCCCUGCACUCACUCCAUUCAGUAACAUUAAAUUGUGCUAAACAACCAGGAAACAUGACAUGGACAGCUCGAUCUGAUAGUGUUGCACAACACAACACAGAUCAGAGCACAACACACGUGAACUUACACAUUGUUUUUAGCUCUAGUUGUAACGAUGCCAACACUGUAGCGGCACACAGACUGCGUCAUAGUGCAGAGAAGAAACCUUUUCUUAAUGGUGGACCACAUGAACGUCGAAGGCAUUCCCAGAUUUUGUGAAUGCGACAGCCGCACUGCUGACAGGCUACACAGACGGACGGGUACAUCGGGGACAUCAGCUUUUCCACUCCACAAACCUUUGCACUGCAAAGCUGCACAACUACAGUAUGUGUAAAUUAGAACUGAAAGGAAGCAACAAAAACAUGAGCCCAACAAUGCACAAUUGGGGGGGGAUUGUUCCUUUUGCGCUUAAGUGUUUUUUUUUUUUGGUUGGUUGGUUUUGUUUUUAAUUUUACAUGCCUGGCUUGCGCACUUUUUAGGGGUGGGGAUUCUCCCAUCCAGACUUCUGACACACCUCCCAUGUGAAAAUGUGUGCACAACCACCAAAGAAGCAUGAUUCGGUGAAUUCUGAUGGUCGCUCUUAAUUUACACAUCUUGAAAUUUUUGCAAGAUGUGAAUUCCAUAGAGAUCCAUUUGGAAAAUUUCGUCGUGGAUCCGGAAGUUAUACUGAUUGUCACAGGGAUGGCACUACAUGGGCGUUUCUAUAGCCUCGUCACAAAUCUAUGUCAUCCAGUUAUACUCCUCCAGCAUUUUAUUUGAUAUUCUAAAAUAUAUCGCUUAUUUUCUCAGCAGCCCUAAUUAUCGGCCAAUGGGAGAAUCCAGGCAGCAGACCUAAAAGGUGUGCAGCAAAUCUGACACAUGGGGAGAAUAUGCAUACGCAUAUGCGAAUAUCCUUAAUGAGGGACCAUUUAAAGUGUAAUGCGUUAUUGGAUGGAUUUCCGAGUACUGUGCUUCAUCCUAUUGGCUUAAGAGGAUUUAAACCUUAAGUUCAAUUGUGCCAUUACGGGUGCAGUAAAGCUCAGAGAAGGUAAACAGUCCCAUCUGUACCAAAUUGACCCAAAAAAAAAAUAA